GUGAAAGGUGAAAUGGUGACGCCUGGUUACCUUAACGACGACGUAGCUACAAGACUGACAUUUGACCAAAACCGCUUUUUUAAAACCGGAGACAUCGGGUAUUUAGAUUCGGAUGGGUUUCUCUUCAUAGUAGAUCGUUUAAAGGAACUGAUCAAAUAUAAAGGUCUUCAGGUGGCACCUGCGUACCUCGAAGAUAUCAUAGUGAAGCACCCAGGCGUCGCAGACGCCGCCGUGAUUGGAAUCCCCGACCCCGAUGCGGGGGAAUUACCCAGAGCGUAUGUUGUAAGACAGACUGGGAGUCACAUCACAGCCAAGGAUAUUGUCCAAUACGUGCAUGAUCAUGUGGCUCCCCAUAUGCGCCUGCGCGGUGGGGUUGAAUUCAUACCGGAAGUACCAAGAACGCCGUCUGGAAAAAUCAUGCGCAGACAUUUGAAGCCAAAGAAACAAACAACCUCAAGACUAUAAUAUUAAAAUACGUGUUUAUAAUGUACUGAUUAUUUGGUUGCAUACACACUAGCAACUGUAAUGCUCUGAUUUAAGCUGAAUUAUAAACAUAAAGCAUUGGAUAGCAACCAUAUGUAUUUAAUAUUUAGUUAUUUACUUCAAACUUCAUCUUUCGAAUAUUUGUAAAUAUUAUCUUUAGAUUCACACUUAAUUUCUAAAACAAACAUUAAUACAAUUUAAUUGUUCAUUAUGCAAUUGAUUCCAAAUUAA